GCAACGGGCCGGGCUAGCGGUGCGUUUCAGUCAAUUUGGACAGCUUUAAGUCCCAUCUUGGCUGCAGAUGGUAGCUGUGCAGACGGAGUCGUGCAGAGCAUGUGUGUGUGUGUGAGUGCGUGUGUGAAACCAAGGAAAAGAAAGCUCGGAACAACACCGAAGACAACAACCACCGCUCACGCAUUUAUUGUGUGUGCGCGCACGGCCGAGAGACCUGUUUCUUAUUUUUUUUUGCACGUUUGUUAUUUCUUUUUCGAAAUAUUGGGUGACUUCUUAAGCGCUUUUCAUUUGCGUUAGAGAAGAAACAAAACCAAGUUCGUUUUCCAGUUUGCCCUACCAGCAUACCACAUACACAUACUCGCCUACACAGCGCCGCUCGGAAUAAUCUGUUUCCCCCGAAGGGUCAGGCAGGUGAAGCGAGCAACAAAAGAAGCAGCUGAAGGAAAAAAAGAACGUGUAGGCUCAAAGGUCGAAGGAGUACGUCGGUUGUACUAUUUGCUUUUCUCUCUCUACACAUACACACACAGCACACACAUACAUUCGAAGUGAAAGAUUUGUAUUAUAAUCGCCUUUGCUCUGACGCAUUGACUGGAGCGACUUGUAAUAGUAGUAAAUGAGGUGAUUACGCGCCCGUGUGUGUGCACAUGUGUGCAUGAGUGUGCGUGUGUGUGUGACUGUACGUGAGUUUCAUCUCAGUUUAGUACCGUGCGCGCUGCAGUGUCUAUCGCUAGAAGCAGGCGAAGAAGAAACAGUGAGCGAGAGAAGGUAGAAGCUUGCAGCAGAAGCAGUCACGGUGCACGGUGAAAAGGAGGGAAAGGCGAGAGCACAGCCCGCCCGUACUCACUCGCUCACUUGCUCGACCAUCAACCCGAAUAUAACGCAAGCGAUUGUACGCGCGAGAGGACGCGCAGCAGAGUGCAGCAGCAGCAGCGGCAGCGGCAGUUGCGGCCUGAACGCAGAAGAAAGAAAAGGAAAGGCAGAGCGUGUUACUCCGCACCGCCGUGGCAGCAGCAAGGAAGACAACAAGCAGAAGCAGUGGUGUGCCCGGCCAACACCAUCAUCAUUAUUAUCACCAAUCAAACGUUUAUCAAUAAUAAUUUCAACUCGGGCUGUUUCCCUCCUGCCGUCUUGCGUGCUCUCGCGUACGUUCCUGCUGCAUAAUCUUUGUCGGCUGAAAUUUUCAUCCUUUCGCGGGCGAAGGAAAAGUGCGUUUAGCUAGUAUUUGUGUACGUGUAGCUCUGUGUGUGUGUGUGUGUGUGUGUGUGGGUUUGUGUGUUGCGCAGUGUGGAAAGCUUUUCCCCGGAAUUUGGAUGACCGUGCGGUGCGGGUGCUAGACGCGCAACCGGGAGAACGGGGAUAGCAGCAGAAAAAGGCACAGAUUCGCGGCAUUCGAAGAAAAGCAGUUCCGCCUCCUCCAAACGGUCGCCUGGCGCGGGGCGCGCGGGAGGCAUCCAUCAUGAUGGCCUGACACUCCCCACAUACGAGCAGCACACUUUCCAUCGCUUCAGUUCCGCCCGAAACUACACCAGCCUCUCCCGCACACGUCCCUCCUGCAGCUGCUGCGGUCAGAAUUUUGCGAAGGAACCACGCCAUCGCAAAUUGCACCACGGUAGAAAACCUGAACUCCAAAGCAUCGCAACCAACGCCUCGAUACCUCUCGCUUCCCUGCACUCCUUCCGCAGUUACCGUAAGAGCUAGACGGAAGACGCGCCGCCGUGCACAACACUACACACCGCGGCUUUUGUGGAUAUUUUUGUUUUUGCGCGAGAAGCGGAGCAAGAGAGCGAGAGCGAAAUAGGGAGGAAGCGCAUAAAAUUGCGUCGCGCGGGUGGACGCGGCCGCCGCUUCAUUCCUCGAUUGGGGGGCUGUACCAUAAACACAGCGCUCUCUCACUGCUGCACCCGCGCGCGACCCAGCACGGAGUGCAAUAAAGGUGAAUGCGCGCGUGAAGGAAGCGCAGAGGCAAGCGCAAGCGAGACACAGUACCGGCCGCCAGUGCCAGAGCGCCCAGCAGCGGCGAAAGAAUAUAUCGCGAAACCUGCUCGCCGCAGCCGUCAGUCUUGGUCGUGUCGUGUCGCCGGACAGUUCCGUUGCAUUUGAAGGUGUGUGGCCGCGGAUGACGCCGUAGGGACUCCGUUGUACCGAGGCGAAGUGUUGAGAUAAAUCGUGUGUCGUGUAGGAGUUGGCGUCGUGCCGCGUGCGGCGCCGGGGUGUGGUGACUCUUGUGGCUGACCGCGUGCGUCUGCCUGGGGAAGACCGGAGAGUAUCUAACCAAGUAGUGUAGCAAUCAAACAAGCCAGUGCACAUGCAGCAGCAGCAUCGAGAGCGGCCGCUACAUCAGCAGUACAGGCCGGAGCAGGCACGUUCGGGUUUGACAGAUUCGGCAGCAGCAGCGCGGUUGUUACGAUGCGAAAGCUAAGUCUCAGCACCGGCGCAGGUAUGUCACGACAAUCGAAAAGUGUACCGCAGGCAAAGAAGGUGAUGCCACCGGCCGUCCCGGACAUGUACGGGAAGAUAGGGCUGAACAAUGGUGGUGGUAAUGGUGGAAGUGGUGGUGGUCCUCCGACGGCAGUGAUUUACGAUACGGGCGAUGGGGCGGGCCGAAACGGUGGCACGGCGGUCGUGGCCGGCACGGUCAUACUAGAGCAUCAUCUUCCUUCGCACGACGGGACAAACAGUGUCGGGAGCAAUAGUGCCGGCGGUGCCGCUUCCGGUACGGUGCCGCCGCCGGCCGGUGGGUCGGGAGCUUCCGUAGCAGCAGCAGCCGCCGCCGCUGCACCCUCCAGCCUGCUGCUACGGUGCGGUCCGGACGGUAUGGUCGAUUACGGUUUGGACGAUCAGGGUAUCGAUUUGACGCAGUCGCCCGGCCGGGACAGCCCGGUGUCGCUGUCCGGGUCGGCCGGGUCCGGAUCGCGGCACUCCACCGCCAGCCUGGACUCGGGGCGCGCCUCCUCCUAUCUUACCGGCGCUUCCAACUCGUCAAAUCGCAGCGUGAGCGGCGUGGGCAGCUAUGGCGUCCUGUCGUCGCCGCGCUGCUCGGUCAGCUCCUGCUCGAUCGGUUCCGGGUCGGUCGGGGGCGUCGCCGGUGGACCGGGCGCCAGCUGCAGCCACCGGCUGAGCAACCACUCGUCGAGCGGCAGCCGCACCGACCACGACGUCAUCUCGGAGUGGCUGAUGGAGAUACACUUCCACGAGUACACGUAUCUGUUUCUGGAGGCGGGCUACGACCUGCCGACGAUAGCGCGCAUGACGCCGGAAGAUUUGACUGCGAUCGGCAUCCGCAAGCCGAACCACCGCGAGCGGCUCAAGCGGCACAUUGACGCGCUGAAGCUGCCGGACGCGCUGCCCGGCUACGUGCCCGGCUCGAUCGACGAGUGGCUGCGGCUGCUGCGGCUCGAGGAGUACGUGCAGCCGCUGCUGGCGCAGGGCUACCAGACCGUGCACGACGUGACGCAGCUGACGUGGGAAGACCUGGAGGACAUCGGCAUCGUGAAGCUGGGCCACCAGAAGAAGAUUCUGCUCGCGAUCAAGCGCGUGAAGGACAUCAUCAGCGGCAAGAUGAUGGGCGGGCCGGCUGCCGGCAUGAUGGGCAUCGGCGUGGUUGGCGCCGGGCUGGGCGGCUAUGCCCUCUCGCCCACGAUUGCCCGCUCGCCGGCGGCCGCCGGUGGGGCGCAUGGCCGGGCGCUGCACCAUCACUACGACGACAUGAGCAUCGGCCUGCGGUCGGACUCGUCCAAGCAGCACCAGCUGGGGGUGGGUGGCGGCGUCGGCACCGGCUCGUACAGUACCUUUCUCCGGCAGCAGACGGUGCCGGCACCGCCGCCCCCAUCGGCCCUCGCCGCCCACCAGAUGAUAACGUACCCGCACGUCCACUUCGACGGUACGCAGGCGAUCUAUCGGCGCAGCUCGUACGACGACAGCGACAUUACGCCGACGAACGAGAAGUCGUCCGCGCUGCUGGCGCUGUCGGAAGACCAUCAUCACUUUGCGGCCCAGCAGGCCGGCGCCGGAGCAGCAGGACAGCAGCAGCAGCCGCCGGUCUGGACAUUGCAGCAGCAGCAACAGUUCGUCCACCAGCAGAUCGUGCAGCUGCAGCAGCAGCAGCAGCAGCAGUAUUUCCAAGGGGGCGGCACGCUGCCGCGCCAGCACCAGCGCAACAACUACGGCGUCCGGCUAGCACUGCUGAGCGGACCGGGCAGCAAUGGCGGGGUGGCGGGCCGCACCGCUGGUGCCACCGUCGGCGGCCGGCCGAUUGCGAAGAUCGUCGCCAACAACUUGAAGCUUCCAUCGCCAGCGCUCGAGGGUGGUGGCGUCGCCGCACCGGGCGAUGCUUGCGAUGCGCCCGACACCGCCACCUACCCGGUGCCGCUUCCGAUGCCCCCGCUGCAGAUCGAGAACGUCGAGAUGGCGACGGCCGCCCUGGACGCGAUGCACUUUUCCAACUACACCAGCUCGCCUUACGCCGUCCAGCAUCAUCAUCUGCACCAUCACCACACGCUGACGCUCGUCACCAAAGAUUCCGGUGCAGGCGGUGGCGGUGGUACGCCUGUUGCCAACGCCGUGGUAAGCACCCAGCAGCAGCAGCAGCAGCAGCAACAGCCGAUUUACCACAACCAUCCGUCGAUGUUGCUUCAGUCGCACUCGCAGCAGCAGCUGCUCCACCAUCACACGCCGUCGUCCUCGUCCACCCAAUCGACACCGUCGCCGCCGACACUGGCGCCCGGACUGGGGCCGAUCCCCUCGUCCCAUCUGCCGCACGGCUACGGCGGCGGGUACGCCGGCCAAACGAUGCAAACCACGGUCGAGGUGCACAAGGUGUGCGGCCAGCACGACAACAAAUCCAAUUCGAGCCUGGAAUCGAUCGAUCAGAUACCGUUUGCGAACGAGAAUGCCGGCACGAUCAAGCAGCGCUCGUCGCUCAACCGGAUGGAGCAGCAUCACUACCAGCCGGGGGCGGUGCCUUCCCAGCAGCAUCCACUGCUGCUGCCAACGCUGUCGUCCUCGUCCUCGUCGUCCUCUUCCUCGCUGACCGGCUCGAUUACGACGACACUGGCCACGACGGGCUGCAGCCUGCAGCCGCUCUCACCAUCGACCGCGCAGCCGGUAUCUUCCGUCGGGGCAGGGGCCGCUGUCUCGUCUAACAGUUCGGUUGCAGCAGCAGCUCCACCGGCAAACGCACCACCGUCCGGAGCAGCAAAUGAAGAGUUAUCGGCAGCGGCACCGGCAGCAGCAGCAGUAGCAGCCUCGCAGGAUAUCUACGGCACCAACGUGCUGAACGAUAUUGGCAGCAUGCUUGCCAAUCUAACGGACGAGCUGGACGCCAUGCUCGAGGAGGAAAAGUGCGCCGGCAUUAGUGAUAACGAGUAGGGGAGUAGUUAAGAAACGAGGAUGCGUUUUUUUUCUGGCUCUUGAAGGAGAUGCGUGAUAGGAGGGAGAACUUUAACAACAAAAAAGGAGAACUUGCGGUACGGUGUGAUAGAUGUUUAGUAGAAGUGUAACGAGAGAUUUUCAAUGAUCUCUGUUUAGGAUCGAAGAAACAACAGAAGAACUGAUAUGUAUUUCUAACCGAGACUAGGAUUGGUCUUACCCAAUCUAAUCGAUGAAGAAGAAGGCGUGUACGUGUAUUCUCCCAAAAUCGUCGGUGGACAUUUUUGGCAUUGAAUUAUGAAAGGACAACUUGAACAAUAUAAUUUAGACUUAGGUGAGAAGAAUUAGAUUCAUUCUUCAGUUUGGGGCAGCUAGCGGUUAGAAGUUUUCCUCCCUUAACCUUUUGCUUUUGCGGCGGGAGGUGGUAGGAUGUUUUUUUUGUAUUAGACAUUUAGUUUCUCGUGCAUUUUUGCGCGUGAACGUUCCACAAACACAUACUUGGAACGGGACGAUUUAAGAAAAAGUUUCCAUUUCAGUUGUGACGAUUUUUCGCUGUUAAAGUCAUGCUGCAACGGUAGCGCUUUACGAGUGUUGAGCGCAAAUAUGGUACAGCAAGAAUGGUUAGCGUUAUGUUUUAAGGCGGGACCGGUAAAAACUCUCCUUCUGCUAGGAUACAGCUAUCCUUUUUAUGUAUUGGAUCAAAGCUUCCCUUCUGAGCAUGGGAGAGUUAAACAGCAGCAUUCCUUUGUUCAGUACAAUAUGCCACGGGGAAGAGUUCGCAUUUCUUUUUUUUAUUAUCUACAAUCCAUAUUGUCCAUCGCAAGAUGUAUCGUGCGAAAAACGUAAACUGGUCUUUUUUUUCAACUGUGGUUGUAUUAUCGAUAGUUGGUAGUAAUACAAUCGUGAGAGUGAGCUCUACCUGGCAUGCACAGAGAGAUGGUUUUCCGUGAGGCAAACGAUGGGUAAAAACGGCAGCAAUUUCAAUUUGAUUUCAAUCUUACCGAAUAAUCCUACGAAUAUGACGAAACAAUGUGCACAAUAUAGGAUCGUAUCGAAUCGGGCAGAAAUAUUGAGAGAUCGAGAGACUAACCAAGAUAGUCGUUGAGCCUUAGCGGCCGCUAACGAUGGCACGGCGGGAAAACGGUCCGACGAAAUGUUCUUUUAUUUACGGUUUAAUUUUAAAGACUCUUUGCUUUUUUUACUUGAUAAAGGUAAGAUGCGUGACCGAAAAACGGAGUUCGAAUUCAUUAAUCUUGUCGAUGGAGGUUCAUUGACGUCAACUGUUUGCUUCGUACGUUUAAUUCUUGCUCCAUUGGCUGCUGUUAGCAGUGCGUUCAGCACUAUAGCAUACCAAUGUAUUGAAGGAAAAAAGCCAGGUACAGCUGUGAGAUAAGUGGAGUAAAAGGAAGUUCAGAGAAUUUCGCAGCGAAAUAUGAAAAUGGAUUUUACUGUAGUAAAAAAAAACGAAAAAAAAAACAAGUUAAUCACAUACCCCCAUAACGAUUCUCGAUGCUCGUUUACACUGGCAGCCUAUAGACAAGAAAAUUACAACUGGAGGUCAGCUCGAAUCGCUAGUAUACACAACACCAUUUCUCUGUCUCUCUUUCCAUCUGCCAUACCCGUUAAAACGGUUGCGGCCGAAUGAAGAGGAAGUGGGGUUUUGAAAUAAGGAUAUGAUUUUCUUUAGCUAUGGCGCGCUAGGCAUAUUUUUAAAUCCAUAAGAAGAUAAAACCAAUACAGAACAAUGAAAAACACUUA